AUGUCGGAACCCUUCCCACUUCUCAACACCUCGGCAGACGCCCUACGUAACUUUGAGGAAGUCUCCAACACCACGGCCACCGAUGCCGGCACAAACAAUGUCCAGAAGCGCCGUCCCAGGAAGAGUAGCGCAUUGGGGACCAUGGAUAUCCGUGCCGGCGACACGGGGGCUGCUCUGGCUACCAGCAAGGCGGCCUUCGAUGCUGGGGACCACAGCUCCGUAUCCGGAGGCUCCAAUGGCCCAGGGCUUAAGAAGCGCUCUGUUCGUCGCCGACGAGGCUUUUUUGGUCGUGCGCGCCAUAUCAUGAUCAAGCACACAUUCGUCCUGCCGGCACUGAUCGCCUUGGCCAUGCUUGCGGCCUACGCUGUGCGCCCAAACGAGUCGAACCCGAUGCACCGCUUCAUCUUCCUAUCGUACAAGGAGCCUGGUAACCUCGACGCCAACGGCAACGUGCAGUACGGCAAGGGACCCUGGGACAUUGCCUUUGUUGCCUUUUACACAGUCGUCUUGUCAUUCACCCGCGAGUUCGUCAUGCAGGAGAUGAUCAAGCCCCUUGCCCGUCGUGCCGGUCUCCGUUCCAAGGGCAAGCUUGCCCGCUUCAUGGAGCAAGGAUACACAGCCUUCUACUUCUUCUUCCUGGGCCCCCUUGGUAUGUACGUCAUGAGCCGCACGCCCGUCUGGUACUUCAACACCCGUGGCAUGUACGAGGACUUUCCCCACCGCCACCAUGACGCCUUCACCAAAUUUUACUACCUUUUCCAAGCUGCCUACUGGGCCCAGCAGGCCAUCGUCCUCGUCCUCGGCAUGGAGAAGCCCCGGAAGGACUUCAAGGAACUCAUCGCCCACCACAUUGUCUCCCUCGCCCUCAUCGGCCUGUCGUACCGCUUCCAUUUCACCUACAUCGGCAUCGCCGUGUACACCACCCACGACAUCUCCGACUUCUUCCUCGCCACCUCCAAGACCCUCAACUACCUGGACCACCCCAUCACGGACAAGUUCUACGCCUUCUUCAUCUGCGUAUGGAUCUACAUGCGCCACUAUAUCAACCUGAAGAUCAUCUGGUCCCUCUUCACCGAGUUCCGUACCGUCGGUCCAUUUGAGCUCAACUGGGAAACGGAGCAGUACAAGUGCUUGCUCAGCCAGGUCAUCACCACCUCCCUGCUCACCUCGCUGCAGGCGCUCAACAUCUUCUGGCUCUACUACAUUCUGCGCAUUGCUUACCGCGCGUUGUUUAAGAACGAGCUCAAGGACGACCGCUCCGACGACGAGGAAGAGGAGCCUUAG